GAUCCAUGGGUCGCCGCCGAGGCUCUCGACCACCUUGGACGACUUCGUGGUUUCAGAGAAGUUGUCGAGCAAUGCAGAGCAGGCGCUUCGCAGCAAGUCUGCGGAGCUAAUAGAAAAGGUCCUGUCCCGAGGCCCGCUGGCAGGCCCGAACCCCAACUUAGCACUGGCUCAGCGGAUCUGGUCAUUAACUGCCGCUGCAGAGCCGCCACAAGCCCAGCAGGUGGAAUCAGAAAGACAAGUCAAAGCCGUGACGAGUGGAUGGGCCCGAUGGCUCGCGGCCAGAAGCAAACGCUGCCGCGUAGGCGACGCAUGCGAUCCCUGCGGUCGGCCGCAGAUAGAAGCAGCAGCCACAUGCGAAGCCGAUUCUCAAGAUCAGAAUCUUCAGACUCUUCGGACUCUUCAGAAUCAUCAGAGUCAUCUGUGCUUCAGCACAGAGGCACCGGGUGACCCUUCUCAAGCUCGGGAGCGCGAGGCUGCGCAGGGCUCCGCAGAGGCUCAGUUCGAGCUUGGCGCCUCCUAUGUUGCGGGGCUGCCCGGAGUGAGGGACGAGGAGAAGGCUGUGCACUGGUACACUUUGGCAGCCGAACAGGGCUUGGCAAAAGCACAGUUCGCUUUGGGCCUUUGCUACAAGCAAGGCAGAGGGGUGGCACAAGAUCCAGAGAUGGCUCUGAAGUGGUUUACCAAGGCUGGACAUCAAGCCCAUGCCGAAGCACAAUUCCAUGUAGCUCUUUGCUACCUUCAUGGGGAGGGUGUGAAAAAAGCCGACGCUGCCAAAGCCGCGCGUUGGCUGAAGAAGGCCGCAAGCAGGGGUCACAGCAGAGCGCAGUUUGAGCUCGGGCUGUGCCACAGCAAAGGACUCGGCGUGCCGCGCGAGGAUUUCUUUGCAUUUGUUCAGUUCCGAGCAGCUGCACUUCAGGACCUCGAGGUGGCAGAGUAUCAGCUGGCAGGCUGCUACCACCGUGGCGUUGGGGUGCAGAAGGACAUGGCGUUGGCCAUAGACUGGUACACCAGAGCAGCUGAGCAGGGCAACAGUGGAGCUCAGUACGACAUGGCCGUUUGCUAUCUCACCGGUGACGGCGUGGUGGCCGACGUGGAGCUGGGCAUGACGUGGAUGCAGCGAGCUGCAGAGCUGGGAUAUGCGAAAGCCACAGCUUUUCUGGAAGAUUAG